AUUGCCUUUUUAUGUGAUUGUUACGUUAUUAUUAUUUUCUUUAAAGAAAGAAAUAAGCUUUUCAAGAUUUUUGAGUGAAGACUGAGAGAGUCUUGAUGAGCUUCUCCUUCGCUUUGUGAGUGAGGCUGGCGAAACCCAGAUCUGAAACCACCUUCAAGAUCUGAAUCUCCUUCGUAUCCUGUCAUUUCUAAGGAGCUUCAGACUCUGUUUUCACAAAAUCAUGUCAAGGAGGCCAGGAAAUCCUUCUCGGCGUCUUGUUGAUGGUGGGGGUCUUCCAUUUGUUGGAACAAUACAUUCUAAGACACGUUCAUCACCUUUUCUAACCAUAGGGCUUGUUCUGGGUGCUAUGCUUCUUGUUGGAUUUUGCUACCAUCAAUCAGGUGGAUCAAGAAACGAUUUAGAGGCUGUGAGUAGAGUCGAAGGUAGUACAUCGUGCACUGUAGAAGUCCAACGAGCGAUUCCCAUUCUAAAGAAAGCAUAUGGAGAUAGCAUGCAUAAAGUAUUGCAUGUAGGGCCUGAUACUUGCUCAGUGGUGUCUAAAUUGUUAAAAGAAGAGGAUACAGAAGCAUGGGGUGUGGAGCCCUAUGACUUAGAUGAUGCUGAUGCCAGUUGCAAAAGCCUUGUGCGGAAGGGUAUCGUGCGUGCUGCUGAUAUUAAGUUUCCCCUGCCAUAUAGAGCAAAGUCCUUCUCUCUUGUCAUUGUUUCAGAUGCAUUGGAUUACUUGUCUCCCAGAUACCUUAACAGAACUCUUCCAGAACUGGCAAGGGUCUCUAUUGAUGGUGUUGUUAUAUUUGCCGGUUAUCCAGGUCGGCAAAAGGCUAAAGAUUCAGAACUACCCAAAUUUGGACGUCCGGCGAAAUUGCGAAGCUCGUCAUGGUGGAUAAGGUAUUUCGUUCAGACAAGUUUAGAUGAGAAUGAAGCAGUGGUAAAGAAGUUUGAUCAAGCUGCAACUAAGAGGUCCUACAGACCAGCUUGUCAAGUUUUCCACCUCAAAUCCUACUCUUGAGAAUAUCAAAGCUCAAAACUGUAUUUCUACUCAACAUAUUUUCAAGCUUGUUUUGUUUUUGCACAAAGUGCUUAGAUAUCUUUUCUUUUCUCUUUUUCUUCUUCCCUUCCCUCUUAAAAAGUUACAUGGAAACUGAAGAGCUAUAUUGUAUGUUUAGAUAAUUGUCUUACAUUAGCUCCCUAAUUCACAAUGCCAUUUUCAGUUGAGCAAGUUGAAUACAAGCAUUUCUCUAAAGAUGAGGUUUUAGUAA